UACAUUUUAAGCCAAAAAUGGUUUCAGUUCAGGCCCAAUUUCAACGAAACACAUUAUUUUGCUUAAUCAGCAGUAACUAAGGGAACCAUGAUUUUGUUUGGAUUCUGUGAUAUAGGGAAAAUUAUUUUCAGAGAAUAUAUAUCUACUACCUUUAUCUUGAAAAUAUACACCUGGAAAAUGUGUCUGUGCUUAGGUCUACCUGGAAGUGGCAAAACUCUUCUUCUAAAACGACUUCAAAAUCAAGAAGCAAUCGAUAUAACUUCAAAUCCCACCCCAACAGUUGGUGUGAAUCUCGCCAAAGUCAGGUUAAGUGAGGAACCUUUUGUGGAAAUUAGCAUCAAGGAGGUUGGUGGAGCGAUGGCACCAAUUUGGAAAAACUACUAUGUAGGCACAAGAGAAAUAAUUUAUGUCGUCGACACCAGCAAUUUAUGCCAAAUCGCUGCUGCAGGCACUAUGCUCUAUGGCAUACUUGCAGAUCAAUAUUUAAAAUCAGCAAGGAUUUUGCUGGUCCUGACAAAAAUGGAUGUAUCAUACAGGCAAAUGAGAAAUGAAGCAUUACUGAUGCUUCAAAUGAACAGACUCAAAAAAGAAAUUGGUCGAGAAAUAACAGUGCUUGAGGCGAGCGCAAUGUCUGGAGAAGGGGCUGCUGAAAUCAUUGAAUGGCUUCGUGGCAAGAAAAAGGCAAAGACCAACGAAAACAAAGUGGCAUAAGUAUAUAUACACAGACUUUACUAAUUCAAAGAAUUGAAAAAAAGAAAACAAACUUUGUAAAUAAAAAUUAGUGGAUUCUGGUCAA